UAUUCUGGUCAGUUGUACUGUGUCUGAGCGCGCUGCAGGUCCAUGUUCAAGUUCCCAAGUACCGGUUUAACAGCAAGAGAGUCCCAAAGUCGUCCUAUCUUGUAUUCUGUAUUUCGUGGAAGAAAGUCCUUCCAUUAGUCCGACGUCUUAUAAACGCGCAGUGCGCCUGUUUGCUUCAUUUUUCAAAAAAAAAAAAGAGGAAAUAAAAACAGUAGAUUUUCAAUUUUCUUUUCCUUGUAUAUUUGGUUGAUCGCGCGGACUUGGCGACAAGCAAGUCCGCGGACGCGGAUGUUCCCAAACUUUUUGUUGAUGUGAUACUGUUUUGUUUUUUAAGGACAAAAAUUUUCCUUAGCUUUUUAUAAUAUAUAAAAUAUGGCGUGUGAUCAGUGGUGGUUUAUUCAUGGAAGUGUUACUCUAAGACAAAUGUUAUUACUACAAAUAAUUUUCGCAUUUGGAUUGUAUACAACAGUCGUAGAAGCAGAUUUGGCAUACUAUAAGAAUGAUAUAUCGAGGACACACAGUUUUCUGGACGACAGAAUAGAAUUUUCUUCGUUUGAGGAAAAUUUACAGGAGCGAUAUAGGCGAUCUGUUCUUGAGCCAGCACCGAAAGGAACGGCGAAGCCUCAACAUGAACUUAGCGAAGUUCAGGAUAUGCAGCAACAACAACAACCAAAAUUGCAAACCACGACAGCACCACAACAAUCGGUUGUUAACAUAAAUACUAAUACUUCGGCAAAUGUUUCCUAUUCAACGGAAACUGUCACCACGGAAAGUCCAGUGCCAUCGAAAAAGGCGCUUUAUCGAAGUCGAUCCGAUGUUCAUAUGAUGAAAAAUAAUUACACAACAGCUACUACAUUACCUGUCGAAACUUCCACUACACAUUUGUCAAAGCCAGUUGUUUGGGCGAAUCAAACAAGGUGGACUAACAUUACACACGAUGUUAAACUUACCAAUGAGAAUUCUGAGACUGAAAUUGGCGACAUUCCAGACACUCUUUCUGAAGUAUCAAAUUCAACUCUGCUGCAGAAUAACAUAACAAAAACCUUUAAUGACACACAUCAAUAUUAUAAUAGUACAUUUAUGGUUGAUAAAGCUGCCUGGGAUAAAUAUUGGGUGAAUAUGGCUGUACAUCCGAAUCUUCAAGUCAAUGAGGUUCUGAGCGAGAGUCACAGGAAAGCAGCGACAAUAAAACUACAAUUUGAUUUUCCAUUUUAUGGACAUAAAGUACGUAAUAUCACAAUUGCCACAGGUGGAUUUUUAUAUACUGGAGAAUACGUACACAGUUGGCUUGCUGCAACACAGUACAUUGCACCGUUAAUGGCGAACUUUGACUUGCAAUUGUCCAAUCGUAGUUUCGUUAAAUACGCAGACAAUUCAACAUCAUUUACUGUUGAGUGGGAAAAUGUUGUACUUCACGAUAAGCCAGAGGAUGGGGCUUUCACAUUCCAAGUGACUUUGCAUCUAAAUGGUGAUAUUGUAUUCGUUUAUACUGCAAUUCCACUUGUUGUCGAAAAUAUCGAAGACUUUAAUCAUCCAGUGAAGGUUGGAUUGAGUGAUGCCUACAUUAUGGACAGAACCGUAUUCUUUAACCGCAAGAAGACAAUCUAUGAAUAUCAUCGAGUUCACUUUAAUCGUCAGGAUAUUAAAAAUUUCACUGUUAUUUAUUUAACGGCAUUACCAACUUGUCUACAAAUGGAGAAUUGUAAAGAUUGCCUCACAAAAGUGCCAGAAUUCAAUUGUAAAUGGUGUCCUGAAUUGCAACAAUGCAGCACGGGAGUUUCGCGAUCAAAACAAGAUUGGUUGUUGAAGGGUUGCGACAAGAAGAGUAUUAAAGAAUUAGCUGGUUGUUCAGCAAAAACUACUUCCUAUAAGGAUCAUAUUGAUACACAAGGACACGAUGAACAUAUCGCCAGGGAAGAAGUAUUGUCGGCCAGCGUGAAACCUAGUCAACAUUCUAGUCCAGCUGCUGGUUCCUUGGAGCACGCUCGCGAAAACAUGAAUAUGAGCGUUUCUGGCAUCAUCGGAAUCCUGGUGAUUAUUUCUCUUGUUGCUGGUUUAGCUGGUUGGGCUGUGUACGCAUAUCGUAAUCCUCACAGUGCUUCGGGACAAAUACUCAUUCGGUAUCGACCAAGUCAGUGGAGUUGGAGAAGAGGCGAAGCACGUUACACUGUCGCAACGAUUCACAUGUGAUGUACUUUACAAUAUUACGAUUUCAAGUCGAUGGCGUUAUUUAUCAAAUUUAUCGAGUUCACAAGUAUCGUUUUGCUGGUGUUGUGACGUACUUUUUUUUUAUCUAAAAAAUCAUGAUAGCAAAAGAGACUAGAAAUAAAAUUCGGUACCACAAAAAGGCAAAAAUUGAACAACGUUCAAUAAUUUUACAUAUUGUGUUUUAAGAAUUUUAUUGUCAUAAAAACUCGAUUGAAAUGAGUAUAAAAAGAAAUUAAAUCUUUUUUGCAAAAGCUAGCGGGAACAUGGCAAUUUUAAUUGAAUUAUACAAAUUUUUUUUUAUAUAAAAAAAGAUAUUUAUGUUCAGAAUGUUUUUCGUUCAGUUUUUUUUAAGGAACAGCAAAACAAAAGAAAACUGAAGGAAAAAAGACUGUGCUUUUUUCUGAAAAACGGCAAUUAUAUUUUCCAUUUUUAAUAACAAUUUUUUGAUGAUCAUUUUUUUUUUUUGAAGUUUGCCUAGAAUUUUGUCAUCAAAAAGAAAUAAGUGAUUUUUCGUCGCCUUAAAACGCUAAUAAAUUAAACAAGGACAAACGAAUGUUUCUUGAUCGUCGACAAUAAUUGUGAUUUUAAACAACGUGUGGUAUAUAUUGUUAUUGUUUAAGAAUCGUUUUUCACCGUUAGAUAAAUUGUUUUUACAUAAUUAUAAUUACAUAUAUAACUUAAAGAACGUAUUUCUUAUCUUUCAUAAAGAAA